AAAGGGUUACAUAUUGAUUGUCGUAUUCAAGGCAGAGCACUCAAAGGUAGUAAUUUGACAUCAAAAUGUGGGCCUUUUUGGUGCUCACUUUUGCUCUUGUUGUUUCAGCGACAAACACUCAAAAUGAGACCGCAGCUGAAGAAAAAGUUGUUAUAGCCAAAGGAAAACUGAUGGCUCCCAGUGUGGUCGGAUGAAGCAUAAAGAAAAUGCCAGAGCUCCAUCACUUCCUCCUGGAGCGCUUCGCUUUAUACCACAACUUGGAAUACGAUUCAUCGGAGGAGAAGAACCCCCGUCUGAUCCUCUAUAACGAGAAGGACGAGGUUGUACAGACUGUUCCCUUGAAGAAAAUGAAGGCGGACGAGAUCAGCAGCCUGUUAGACUCACUGGGUUUCUACAAGAGGUCCCAGAAAGGGGAAGAGGUGCCAGAGGAGUUCCAGCACUUCCCCCUGCGCGCCAUCAGGGACGAGCUGUGACGACACCCUGUGGUCAAACGCUGCUACUGCACCCCGGCUGCAUUAAUGAUGAGUGGGGCCUCAAGGCCUUGACGAGAAGCCAGGCACCAUUCUGAGGAGUCGCUGGCCGGGUGCAGUGUGCGGUGUGUUAGUCACUGCUGUGUCACUCUGUUUGUAUGCUGGAUUAGAAUAAAAAGGAUGUAAAACAGCAUGAUAAA